CGUGGUUUCGGGAGUCCUUGGAAUCGAACGUGUUGAGAUCAGCGUCGCAGUGGAAUCACGUUGGCCGUCUGCAGCCACGUGUCAUCCUGAUAGGUUACCAGUUCACCACCUGCACGCGGCCCACAGAUCCCUUCACCUCCUCCCAGGAACAAUGACGCGGCAGUGUGACACAGCUCUGAGUUGGCUCAAGGGAAGGACUGCUGGGAUCUUCUGCUGUCAUUUGUUGCUUGUUGUCAGCUGCACUUCCUUAUAUUUAAGAUAUUUAGAGAGGCUCGUCCCUGCUGACAACCUGCCGCUGGCCAGGGACGCAGAACUGAAACGGAGCAUCAAUUUAGACGACACGCUGGACUUUACGGCCAGAGAAUGGGUUGAGACACGCACAUCUUGGAACGCGCCGAUCAUCUGGGAGAGAAUGUUUGACCCCGAUCUUUACGACCGGAAGCACAUCCAGAACCAGUCGGCAGUGGCCCUCACUGUGUUCGCUGUGGGAAGGUACUUUGCCUACCUGAAGACGUUCCUUACCUCCGCAGAACGUCAUUUUAUGUUGGGUUUAAAAGUGACCUAUUACGUGUUCACGGAUCAACCAGAGAAGAUACCCCCAGUGAACCUUGGUCCUCUGCGAAGCCUGAAGGUUGUCCUGGUGAAGAAGUACUCCACCUGGCACGACGUCUCUAUGAUGCGCAUGAAAACGAUCUCAGAUACCAUAGAAUCAGAGAUUCGUCACCACUGCAAUUAUGUCUUCUGCUUUCAUGUGGAUCAGCAGUUUAAGGGCAGAUUUGGCUCAGAGGCUCUGGGGGACUCUGUGGCCUUGCUUCAUGCUGGCUUUUUCAAAACUCCAAAGGAAGGUUGCACCUAUGACCGAAACCCCAAAUCCACAGCCUUUAUGAGAAACGGAGAUUACUACUACAAUGCCGCUGUCUUUGGAGGCCUGUGGGAAAAUGUGCAGAAUUUGGCAGACUGCUGCUUUCUAGAUGUCAUGAAGGACAAACUGAAUGAUGUAGAGGCUCAGUGGCAUGAUGAGAGUCAUCUCAACAAGUACUUUUGGCUUCAUAAACCAAGCAGGCUGCUCUCCCCCAAGUACUGGUAGGACCAGAGAAGGGAUACAACAAGGACACACGCACGUUGCCCGCCUAAUAUGGACAAUAUGACCCACUUUGUACUUGUAGAGUGGCUAGAAGAAGCACAAAUUGCAGUAACUGGGGCAAAAUGUGAGAAGUUUACUAUAAUUGUUUUGGUAUUGGAUUCUAUUUUUGGAAAAAAUGGGAAUCUUUCUUUCUACCUCUUCUGGAAAUCCAACUCUGUUGUCUUUGUCUUAAAUGUCUUAUAAGGAUUAUGUGCGUGCUUUAAUAUUUUAAAGCACAAUAAAUGAUUUUAUAAAAAGAGGCAUGUCAUUCAAGCAUACCACUCCCAAACAUACCACUAUUUUAGCUUUAAAUCUUAAUCUUUUCCAGACAACCUUUAGAAGAGCUGAUAACUAUGUAGAAACAUGAGAUGAUUUAUAUCCCACAGAAUCCAGGACCUUGUUGCUCGGGGAACUGCUCAUCAGUGAAUCUAUCAUUGGUGCUGGUUAAACUGUUGUCAAAAAAUCAAAGAAUAUUUUUCUGAUCUCAAUAUAGCCCUACAAUAAGAUAUUUUCAAAUGUCAACUACGAAUUGA